AUGGCUCAAGAGAGACCGAUGCCCCGCUUAUGGGUAAUCAGACAUGGAGAAACUGAAUGGUCACUUUCUGGACGUCAUACUGGAAAAACCGACAUCCCUCUGACUUCUCGUGGGGAGAAGGAGAUCGAGGAGAAAGCUAAAACGAUUGUCGGCGAUGGCAAGCCUAUCGACCCAAAGAAUCUUUGCACCGUAUUUGUCUCUCCACGUCUCCGGGCUCAUACAACCUUCCACCUACUUUUCGCCCACGUUGAGACACCUCAUCACACACUCACCGAAGAUUGCGCCGAGUGGGAUUACGGUGAAUAUGAGGGGCUUUUAUCGUCUGAAAUCAAGGCUCGUGAUUCAAAGUGGUCCAUCUGGAAAGAUGGAUGUCCUGGAGGCGAGAGUGUCGAGCAAAUGCAAGCUCGUGUUGAUAAGAUAGUUGGAAAGGUGCGCGAGUAUCAUAGGCAGUACAAGGAAGAAGGACUCAAUACGCGCGACGUCGUCAUCGUGGCGCAUGGUCACUUUAGUCGUGUUCUCAUCGCUCGUUGGCUCGACAUGCCUCUGGAGUUUGGAACCAAGGUGAACUUUCAGGCAGGAGGGGUUUGUGCUCUUAGCUACAACCACAACUCCUUGAAAGAGCCGGCCUUAAAUGCCUUAAAUCUUCAUGCGGAUGUUAUCUAG